AAAUUUCCUCCCACGGUACGGCGUCAUUUCGUCUCUAUAGUAGUUCCCGCUCCCGAAUCGCUAGUCUCUCUCUCACUCUGCACUGGCGUUGGCGUCGCCAUGUCGAUUGAGCUUAAGCUAUCUCGAUCAAAUCGUAUCUAUCGCCCCUCUGAGCUUCUUGAAGGAAAAAUCAUCACAAAUUUUCCUUCUCCGAUUUAUCAUCAAGGAAUUCGCCUCAAUGCCACCGGAACCGUUAAUAUGCAGGUCCGUGGUGGAACGGCUGGGGUAAUUGAUUCGUUCUAUGGCGUUGUAAAGCCUAUAUCCAUAAUGAAUAAAAGUGUUGAAGUUAGAUCUUCUGGGAAGCUAGGUUCAGGUACAAACGAGAUACCAUUUUCCAUGACCUUGAGACAGCAAGGAAAAGAUAAUUCUGAACUAUUUUAUGAGACAUUCCAUGGAGCAAAUAUCAGCAUUCAGUAUCUGAUAACUGUAGAUAUUAACAGAGGGUACCUACAUAAAUCUUUAUCUGCCACAAUGGAAUUCAUAAUUGAAAGUGAAAAGGGAAAUCUUCUUGAGGCACCUGUUUCUCCCGAAAUGGUGAUCUUUUAUAUUACUCAAGAUACACAAAAGCAUCCUUUGCUUCCUGAACUGCGAUCAGGUGGAUUCCGGAUAUCUGGGAAAAUCUCCACUCAAUGUUCUUUGUUGUGUCCUAUUAACGGUGAGCUGACAGUAGAAGCAUCUGCAGUUCCUAUACGCUCAAUUGACAUCCAUUUACUCCGAGUGGAGUCUGUUCUUGCUGGAGAGAAGAUUCUUAUUGAGACUUCUGUUAUUCAGACUACACAGAUUGCAGAUGGAGAUGUUUGCCGUAACAUGACUCUACCGAUCUAUGUUAUACUUCCACGUCUUUUGACCUGUCCAACAGUUUAUGCUGGUCCAUUUUCAAUUGAGUUUCAAGUAUCUAUAGUAAUCAAUUUCCAGUCAGAUCUAUCAAAACUGCAUCCAAAAUCUGAUCCCAAAACUCCAAGACUCUGGCUAGCCAUGGAGACUGUCCCACUGAAGUUAGUCCGAACAAAUCGUGAUAGGUUGUAGUGCUAUCUUCCCAGUCUAAAAUGUUCUUUGCCGUAUACUUGCACACCACUGCAGCAUACAGGCCUUUUUCUUUUGAAGUGCUAUAUAUACCAUGGUAUAUAAGGUUGUACCAAUUAUGUUUACUAUGAACGAAAUUUAUAUUCUGAGUAGGCUAAGAGUUCUUGUACCUAUAAUUUACUGUAUUCGAAUAACAAAAUUUCCUGUAUUGGUGCUACCACAUUGUCACAGGCAUCUUUGUAACCUGCGCAGACUGUGUAUGUGUUGACACUAACAAGCUCAGCCUGAACUUUGGCCCUUGCA